AUGCUCUCCGUAUUGAGGCCGACGAAGCUGCACAGAAGGUCGAAGAGCUCCAAAAAGAAGUUAAGAAGCUUGAGCAGGAGAAUCUUCAAAAAGAUCAUGAGAUCACUUCGCUCGCACACAAAAAUAAUCAGCUUGAAGCCGAUGUUGAGAAGCUUGAGGCCCAGGUAA